GGGUUGCACCAGCCGUGGAAAUGAUGAGCACACGAAUAGGGGCGCAUUUUUCCGGGUUAGAGAGGGGUUGGUGGGGGAGAUACAUCAUAGAGAUACGUCUUUUGACAUGGUUGAUGACGUUUGGAUCAGAGAGGAUGAUGGCCAAGAUGAGGGGGACGUGAUCAAUUACUUUGCACUUCUUGGCGCCGUCUACGUGGAUGGGGGAAGCGGGGUGGAUGAGCAGGUGGAAGAAGACGUCGUCAACUUUGACACUGAUGAGAACGGCGACACGCCUUUUUACACGGCCGAUGACGUCGGCCAGCGAGAGGUUGAUGGGCAAGAUGAGGGUGAUGUGGCCAAAUACUAUGCACAUCUUACCGCGGUCUACGAGGAUGGGGGAAGUGGGGAGGAUGAGCAAGUGGGAGAAGACGUUGUCAACUUUCACACUGAUGAUGACAGCGAUAUGCCUUUUUUCACGCAUGAUGACGACUGCCAGCGAGAGGUUGAUGGGCAGGAUGAGGGAGAUGUGGCCAAAUACUUCUUACCACGGUCUACAAGGAUGGGGGAUUGCAGGAUGAUGAAGACUUCGUGCAGCAGGGGGACGGUGACCAGCCGGAGUUUGGCACUGAGACUGACAACCCAUCUGCAGCAGUGGGAUGGUGACCGGGCAGAGGAGUGGGAGGUUGCGCAGGGGAUCAUGGCAGAGGCGGUGGCUGCCGGGGAGGACAGGCAGGUGAUGGGCAAGACCGGUGACAAUGGUGGGAGGGUUGACAACACUAUCGACGAAAACAACAACAACACAUUGAUCACGGCAGGGGUGGUGGCUGUAGUGGAUGAGAGACAGGUAAUGGGUGAGAUUGGUGAGAAGGGUAGUGAGGCUGCCAACGGCAACAACAACAACAACAACAACAACAACAACAACAACAACAGUAAAAACAACAACAGGGGAGAGAUGCCGCCAACAGCGAAGGGAGAGGGAACUACGACCUUGUUAGGGCUUGAGAAGAGCGAUUUGGGGUUGAUGGGAUCAAGCGAAAUGGGCGGCAAGAGCGCGUGGGACGACAUCAACAGCGACGACAAUUACAACAACAACAACAUCGACAACAACAACAAUAAUUACAACAACAAGAACACCAACAACAGCAACAAGACAUGGGGCUUGUGGUUGAAGGUUGCCACAACGAAGGCGGGAGAGUUAAUGACGGGGGGGCUGGUGAGGUGGGAUUUGAGGUUGAAGGUGAAAUCUACCGUUCCCCCCCAUUCCUACCUGGUGUUUCAUUCUGAUGAUCCAUUUGCUCUUUUUUGGCUUCGGGUGGGAGUUGGAUAGAUGUUCUUCUCUCAACUCUCAUAAUCUCAAAACUCUUACUCUCACCCUCAACUCUUAUUCACGUGGCCUCUUAUUCGUGUGGCCUCAUGAAG